AGACCAUUGCCCGUCGCCAUGGUCUCCAAGUCGGACCAGCUGCUCAUCGUGGUGUCCAUCCUGGAAGGGCGUCAUUUUCCCAAACGUCCAAAGCAUAUGCUCGUCGUAGAAGCAAAGUUUGAUGGAGAACAGUUGGCUACUGAUCCUGUGGAUCACACAGACCAGCCUGAAUUUGCUACUGAGUUAGCCUGGGAAAUCGACAGGAAGGCACUUCAUCAACACCGACUACAACGUACUCCAAUCAAACUCCAGUGUUUUGCCUUGGAUCCCUUAUCUUCUACCAAAGAAACAAUAGGUUACAUUGUUCUGGACUUAAGAACUGCCCAAGAAACAAAGCAGGCACCAAAAUGGUACCAGUUGCUGAGUAAUAAAUACACCAAAUUCAAGUCAGAAAUAGAGAUUAGCAUUGCUUUGGAAACAGAUACAAAGGCACCAGUGGAUAGUUUUAAAGCAAAGGGAGCCCCGCCUCGAGAUGGAAAAGUUCCUGCCAGCCUUUCUGGACUUGAUCCCAAGGACAUUGUGGCUGUGCUGAAUGAGGAAGGAGGCUUCCAUCAGAUAGGAGCAGCCGACCGUUGUACUGACUUCUUCAUUAUGUCAGUGACCAUAGCAUUCGCCACCCAACUGGAGCAGUUAAUCCCAUGUACCAUGAAACUUCCAGAAAGACAGCCUGAGUUUUUCUUCUACUAUUCUUUACUGGGAAAUGAUGUUACAAAUGAACCCUUCAAUGAUUUAAUCAACCCCAACUUUGAGCCAGAGAGAGCAUCUGUUCGAAUACGUAGCAGUGUUGAAAUUCUUCGUUUUUAUCUGGCUAUUCAGUCUAAAAUUCAGAUCCAUCUCUGCUGUGGAGACCAGUCACUUGGGAGUACAGAAAUACCUUUAACUGGAUUACUAAAGAAGGGAAGUACAGAAAUCAACCAGCAUCCAGUCACAGUGGAGGGUGCAUUUACCCUUGAGCCUCCAAACCGAGCCAAGCAAAAGCUCGCACCCAUUCCUGUGGAGCUUGCCCCUACUGUGGGAGUCUUGGUGGCACUGCAGAGAGAAGGAGUAGACACCCAGCCUUUAACUGAAUUAAAGACCCAGAAUCAACAUGAGCCUCAGAACUCAAAGAAGAAAGUAUUGACCCCCAUCAAGGAGAAGACACUUAGUGCACCGAAACCACCAAACAUGUCCCCUGUUCUCCCUCAAAACCAGUCACCCCCAACGAAAGAUGAUGCAACAGAAAGUGAAGUGGAAAGCUUAUUGUAUGAUAAAGAAGCAAAACCCAAUCCAAAGGCCAUCAGUUCUGCACCUGCUGCAGCGACUACGUCCAAUGUGUCGGAAACAGUCUCAGGACAGAAAAUUGCUGUUCCAGCAACAUCACAUCAUUUCUGCUUUUCAAUAGACUUAAGGAGUAUCCAUGACUUGGAUGUUGGCUUUCCAGUAAAUUGUAUAUUAAGGUAUUCAUAUCCAUUCUUUGGAAGUGCAGCUCCUAUUAUGACAAAUCCUCCUGUAGAAGUUCGGAAAAACAUGGAAGUUUUUUUGCCCCAGUCUUACUGUGCAUUUGAUUUUGCAACUAUGCCUUAUCAAUUGCAAGAUACCUUCUCAAGAAUUCCCCUGCUGGUUGAAUUUUGGCACAAAGAUAAAAUGAGUAAAGAUUUGCUUCUGGGAAUUGCCAGGAUCCAACUUUCCAAUGUCCUGUCUUCAGAAAAAACUCGCUUUUUAGGAUCAAAUGGUGAACAGUGUUGGCGUCAGACUUACCGCGAAAGUGUGCCAUUUAUAUCAGUACAAGGGUCAAAUAACAGGAUAGUAGAUCUUUCUUACACAAUGACUCUAGAAGAUUAUGGUAUAGUAAAGAUGCGUGAAAUUUUUGUCUCAGAUUCAUCUCAGGUACAACAGAAGCCAUUUUCUCUUCCUCCAGCACCCUGCCCUUCAGAAAUCCAGACAGAGCCACGGGAAACCUUAGAAUACAAAGCAGCACUUGAGCUAGAAAUGUGGAAAGAGAUGCAAGAAGACAUUUUUGAAAACCAGCUAAAGCAGAAAGAGCUGGCUCAUAUGCAAGCUCUUGCAGAGGAAUGGAAGAAAAGGGACCGAGAGAGAGAGUCAAUAGUAAAGAAAAAGGUGGGUGAAUAUACUGUUCUUGAGGGAAAACUUCAAAAAACUCUGAUUGACUUAGAGAAACGAGAGCAGCAGCUUGCCAGUGCAGAGUCAGAGCUUCAGAGAGAACGAAAGGAAGUGAAAGCAGAACGUGAGCGGAAUUUGCAAGAACUUCAGGAUGCUCUUCGCAGGGCCAAAGAAGAUUAUGUUCAUCAAGUAGAACUAGAAAAAUUAAAGAUCAAACAGUUGGAAGAGGACAAACACCGACUUCAGAAGCAGCUGAAUGAUGCUGAAAAUAAAUACAAGAUUUUGGAAAAGGACUAUCAUCAGUUCAAGGAACAGCAAAGCAACAAACCAGAAAUCCGUCUACAGUCGGAAAUAAGUCUUCUCACCUUGGAAAAGGUUGAACUUGAAAGAAAGUUGGAAUCUGCAACUAAGUCUAAACUACAUUACAAACAGCAAUGGGGACGAGCUUUGAAAGAACUUGCCAGACUUAAACAGAGGGAACAGGAAAGUCAAAUGGCUCGUCUCAAGAAACAGCAAGAAGAAUUAGAACAGAUGAGACUACGGUACUUGGCUGCGGAGGAGAAGGAUACUCUGAAAACUGAGCGACAGGAGUUGUUGGACAUAAGAAAUGAACUGAACAGGAUAAGGCAACAAGAACAAAAACAGUCUCCGGAUUCCAGAGAGAUUGCGAGUGGAAAAACGGAGGGCCCACAUGGCAGUGUCCUGGAAGAAGGCUUGGACGAUUACUUGACUAGACUAAUAGAAGAAAGGGAUACUUUGAUGAGGACGGGCGUGUAUAAUCAUGAAGAUCGAAUCAUAAGUGAACUUGACCGACAGAUUAGAGAGGUUUUGGCAAAAAACAAUGCCAGUAAUUAAUAACACUUGGGAGUCUUUCAAGAUUUGAGGUAUUAAAUUUAAAUUUAGUAAAAUACCAGGGAACACAGAAAUUUUUAAAUGCAAGUUUCAAUUUUUAUAAAGAAUUUUGUAUGUUGUUAUUGUACAGUAUUUAUUUGGGUUUAUUUGUCGUAGUGCUGCCUCUCCCCUUCUGCUUUUAUUUGUAAUUGUAUUUUAUAUACUUAUUUUAAAUGACUUUUCAGUGUUUGUCUUAAUCUUCAGUUCGGGGCUAACUUU